UUUCACGAAUAUACAGAAGAAUAUUAACUAAUCAAUCAGUUUCUGUUUUCGUUCUGUGUACUGUUCUAGAUCAAUUGAAGGGCUUGAGACAAGUUGUUAGAAAAUGUCUAAAUUAUUGUUCAUAGUAUUACUAGCUGUUCUUAAUAAUUACAGUGUGUGCGAUCCAAUUAACAAAGAGCAUUCUUCGCUACGCUAUGAACGAAUCAAGCGCCAAUUCACGGCCAAUGUAGGCGCAACGCACUUGCAGGGCGAGGGAACGGAUUUUACGGCCGAGGCAAUAGCUCGAUUAUGGCGGAGCCAGAGCGGAGCAACAGAGAUACAAGGUUCGGCCAGUUACAAUCAACAUUUUGGAGCAUACGACGGAAAUGGGCGCGACUACCGACUUAAAUUGAAAAUAGUGUUCACCUAAAGGGAAGUUCUUUGAACUAGAAAUAACACGAAUUUGUUGUACUAACCCGCAAUCUAUUUACAGGACAAUAUAGCUAGCUCCGAGUGUAGCAUUAGA